UUAUCAAUAUGGAUUCUACGACGACUGCAUCCACGAAUACAGACUUAAUUCUGAGACUGAAUGGCGUUGAUAUCGCAGUGAUUGUAAUCUAUUUUGCUUUGGUAAUGGGAGUUGGAAUAUGGGCAAUGAUUCGCGCUAACAAGGGAAAUGUACAAGGAUACUUUCUUGCUGGGCGAAAUAUUGCUUGGUGGGCCGUAGGUGCUUCAUUAUUUUCGAGCAACAUCAGCAGUAUUAGCAUCAUCGGAAUGGCUGGAUCCGGAGCGUCGACUGGAAUUGCCGUAGCAGCAUAUGAACUCAAUGGCCUCUUUGUUCUGAUUCUACUAGGCUGGAUCUUUGUUCCGGUUUAUUUGGCUUCGGGGAUUUUCACGAUGCCAGAAUAUUUGAAACGAAGAUUUGGAGGGGAGAGGAUACGACUUUAUUUAGCAUGUCUAUGUAUGAUAUUGUACAUGUUUGCAAAGAUAUCAACAGACUUAUACUCAGGGGCAAUUUUUAUUCAACAAUCAAUAGGAUGGAGUCUAUAUCCAUCUAUAAUUGGGCUUCUCGUAAUUACUGUGAUUUUCACUAUAACGGGAGGUCUAACUGCAGUAAUAUUCACGGACACUCUGGAAACAGUGAUUAUGCUUGGAGGAUCAAUUGUUCUUAUGAUAAUGGCAUUCAUCGAAGUUGGAGGAUAUUCUGGUCUUCAAGAAAAAUGGGAUGAUGCUAUUCCAGCCGAUGCUAACGGGUCAUGUGGUAUUCCACCUGAUAAUGCGUUUCACUUAUUCCGAAAAGCAUCUGAUCCAGACUAUCCUUGGCCAGGAGUUGUAUUUGGAAUCAGCAUUUUAUCCACGUGGUAUUUUUGCACAGAUCAGGUUCUUGUGCAACGUUCUUUAGCUUCUAAGAAUUUAUUACACGCAAAAGGCGGAUCUGUAUUAGCAGCAUUAUUAAAGAUAACUCCUCUCUUUUUAAUGGUUAUGCCGGGAAUGAUAAGCCGAGUACUAUUUGCAGAUCGAGUUGCUUGCGUUACACCUGAAGCGUGUAUUGAAGCAUGUGAUAAUGCAGCUGGAUGUACCAACAUAGCUUACCCAAUACUAGUUCUUGAAAUCAUGCCGCAGGGUUUGCGUGGUCUUAUGAUAGCAGCCAUGUUGGCUGCCUUGAUGUCAUCGCUUACUUCAGUGUUCAACAGUGCAGCAACCAUUGUAUCAAUGGAUUUGUGGAAAACAAUGAGAAAACAAGCGACUGAUAUUGAACUCAUGGUUGUCGGGAGAAUAUUUGUGGUCAUACUCGCGGCCGUGAGUAUUCUUUGGAUUCCUGUUUUAUCUGGACUGCAAAGUGGUAAAAUGAUGGAAUACGUCCAAUCAAUCAGUAGUUUUCUUGCUCCUCCAAUUUGCUCAACUUAUCUUCUUGCAAUAUUAUGGACAAGAACAAAUGAACCUGGUGCAUUUUGGGGCCUUGCAGUUGGUCUUGUAUUUGGUCUCACACGGAUGUUGAUAGAGUUUACGUUGCCAGCACCCACGUGCGGUCAUAUUGAUGGAAGACCUGAAAUUUUAACAAAAGUUCCAUUUUUGUAUUUUGCAAUGAUAUUAUUUAUGAUAUCUAUGUUUGUUUCCAUAUUUGUCAGCCUUGUAACUCCUCCGCCAUCAAAGGAACAGAUUCCCGGUCUUACAUGGUGGACAAGAUAUCAAACACCAAUUUACGAAACAGAUCAAAUUGAUGAUAGCAAGUCGGAAGACGAAGUUUUAACGUUGAAAAACACAGAAAAAGAUAAGAUGGCAGACAGUAGUGGCGAUGAAAUUGUAGUAACAACGCAACCUUGGUGGAAAACUGCUGGAAUGUGGAUAUGCGGUUUUGAGCAAAAUAAAACUGAGAACCAACAACAGCAUUCUCAAGCUCGUACUCACGUGUCUGGAAAAAUCACUUUGUACGAAAAUCAAAAAUGGGGCGUUUUCGUAAACGUUUGUUGUCUUGCCGUCAUGGCCAUUGGAACAUUCAUGUGGGGAUAUUUUGCUUAAUAAUAAAUGUAAAGAGAAAUUGAAAACAUGUAGCAGUGUUAAAUCGAGAUAGAAAUGUUUACUAAAAUAAAACCAUGAAUCUAUUAUAAUCAUUUCGCUUUAAAUUGUAAAAUAAUGGUUGGCAAGAUAUCAACUUUAACGUUUAAGGAACGAAUAAGACAUCAAUGCUAAAAAAUAUGGACAAGAAAGCCAAGGACUAUGUCAAAAACUACGAAAUUAACGCUGUUGUCUCAGAUGCAGUUGUUCAACAGACACAUAUUGCUUGUUUGUUUCAUAAUUAUGCCCAAACAUCAAAAAAAUCUUGCGACUGAAGAAAUGUACAUACCAUAUUUGCAGGCUUGUCCAUGGGAAUGGGAGUCCCAUAAGAAUCACAUGGGAAACGUCCCAUGGGAUGGGACAGGGACAUCACACAUUUUUAUUUCCAACGGGACACGUGGGACACGAAAACUGUAUGAUUUUCGGGGAAAUGAUGGUAAAACAUUUCUUUAUGGACUUCCUAUUCAUCUAUUUGAGCAUAUCUCUCUUCUUAGCUAUAAAGAGCAAUUUUCAUUCAACAUUAACAAUAUACUUUGUGAAGGGGCUGAUGUACACAUUUAUAAUAUUUAUGAAUAUAAUGUUAACGAAGUCCGUAAAUUUUGUUAUUUUGUAUGUCUCUUCGUACAUGUAGUCCUAUUUAGUAGACGCUAAACAUAAAUUUAACAAUUUUUAUUGAAUUGUAUUCCAAUGGGAAUCCCAUGGGAUGGGAUGAGACAGACAUAAUUCCUAUGGGAUGGGAUGAUAAUGGGACAGAAAAGUACGUCCCAUGGACAAGCCUGCUAUAUUUGCUUUGCCAUGAUAACAAUGUGAGGCUGUCUGAUCUCGCACUUCAAUUUCCAUGGUUGCCGGUACGUAGACUGUGGUGCAUGAAGUCGACUUUCUUUUGUUGAAACAGCGAUUGUUUGGUAUAUACCAGUCUGCCUUUACGUACAUAUUGUGUUAUCCUUUAAUUUAUUCAUUAAAUAUUUAGUUCGAUUUUAUCUUAUUUAUCACGUUACUGUUAGACUUCCCCAAGGGCGCCGCUCCUCGUUAACCAGUUUUGGUUUU